UUUUUGAACUUUAUAAAUAAUUACAUUUAAAAGUAAGGAAUCACUACUCCCUAAUCAGCAAGGAGCCAGACUAGCUUCAGGCUGCUUCUAUUGUACUUUUGUGACUAAAUUCCCACUUGUGAACUUUCGUAACUAAUUUUAUAGACCAAUGAUCACGAUAAGAAGUCUUUUUAAACCACAUAUGGUAAGGAACCUUGGCGUUGUUACCAAGGCGAAAGAUCCUGAACAACUACAAAUCCCUGAACAGAAGGAGCCUCUUAGUCUAAGCCAACGGUUCAAAUUACUCUUUAAAGAGCCUGAUGAGAGCGUGAAGGAGUUCGAAAGAGAGCUAUUUCACGCAGCUGAGUUCUUUGACCCAUAAUCCUAAAAGUUGACGUCAGGUUCAGCUCUAAUAGACCAAAUAUAUAGAAGGCAUAACAAGAGAUAAUGUAUCAUAUCUUUUUUAUAAUAUUUUCAACUU